AUGUUGAUAGAAAAGUUACUGAGAUCAUGCCCGGAUAUGCAAGAAAUAUUCUUAUUAAUGCGUCCGAAGGCCAAUAUGUGCAUUGAAGAAAAACUCGAGCAGAUGUUGAAAAACCGAUUGCGAAGUGAACAACCCCAUUGUUUAAAGAAAUUGAUUCCAUUAAAGGGUGAUAUCGAGAUCGAAAGAUUAGGUUUGUCAUUUGCUGACAGAAACACAUUGAUCGAAAAGGUGUCUAUAAUAUUUCACGUAGCGGCGACCGUGAAAUUCGAUGAUACACUGAAGAAAGCUGUGGCUUUGGUGCAUGUCAGCACAACUUAUUCGCAGGUUGAUAAACCUGUCAUCGAUGAGAUUGUAUAUCCAACGGAAGUCGAUUGGAAGAAGACGAUUCAAAUUGCGGAAACUUUGGACGAGUAUACCUUUGAAGUGUUUAAGUCAAAAUACAUAGGUACAAUGCCGAAUUCAUAUAUUUUUACCAAGAGACUUGCAGAGCAGGUGAUAUUUGAUUAUUCCAAAUCAUUGCCGUGCGUGAUUUGCAGACCGUCUAUAAUUACACCAACGUUAAAUGAACCUAUGAAGGGUUGGCUAGACAGUUUUAAUGGUCCAGUGGGAUUGAUGGUCGGUUGUGGAAAAGGAAUAAUACUAGUGUUUUACAAUGAUUCAUUCGUUAAUGACAACUAUGUUCCAAUUGACAUUGUCACUAAAGCUAUGAUUGUUGCAGGAUGGAAAUGUGGCAUAAUAAACAAAAAUGACGACACGCAAAAUAUUCUUCCACUUGUUUAUAACUGUUCGACGACUCAUGAGACGAAUCCAUCACGUUUUGUGUUGUUUCAAAUAAGCACGAAAAUUCUCGCAAACAUUCCUUUGGAAAAUAUGAUUUGGGCUCCUGCAAUGAUUACGACAAAGAAUCGUUUCUUUUACAAGAUAUUAGUAUUGUUGCUGCAUGUAAUACCAGCCUUAUUUAUUGAUGUAUUAUUACAAUUCGCAGGCAAACGUCCUAGAUUAUUGAAACAGCAAAGGAAACUAUUCAUAAGUUCCGAAUUAGCCACGCAUUUUCUAUUGAACAAAUGGGUCUUUCAAAAUAAAAAACUAAUAAGUUUAUCAAAUGAGGUGCCCCGCAACAAUCAACGAGACUUCGGAUUUGUAACAGAUCUAGAUUACGACAAACCACUGUAUUAUAAAAAUUGUAUAAUUGGAAGUAAACUUUUUCUUCUAAACGAAAGUAUGGAUCGAUUGGAUGCGGUGAAAUUUCAUUAUAGAAGGAUGCUAUGGCUCGAUAGAAUUGUGAAAAUAUUGGUCGGCACUCUCAUUAUGUGGAUAAUAUAUGAUAAAUAUUAAUGUGGAUUAAUUGUUCUAUAAAAAAAUUUGAUUUAACAAUUGCGGUUGCACCAAAUAUAUAAUCUAGAUUGUUAUUAAGUUUAGAUAAUUACUGUAUAAACAUUAAUAAACUAAUUAUAAUAAUACAAAUUUAUAUCAA